AGUACUAGAUUGGACAUUGCUAUGUAUGAUUUAUCCUUUCAUUGAAAUGACACAAGCUAAAACAGCAGUGAUCUAGUAAAUAUUAACAGAAAGUGUACUUUCGAUUCCUGGCAAGAAAGGUGCAAGAUCCAACGAGGGGAAAUAUGGUAGAGUCGCGUCUUUCCAAUAUGUAAUAAACUCGCAUUGCACACCGAACCAAAUCUAGGAAAUACUGAAGAGGAGACUUGAGCAGAGAUGGCUCAUAAACACAGUCAGGAUACACAGGGUAGUUGUUCAGAUGGGGUGAGGGUGAAAAUAUCGGAGAAGUAUAAGCCUCCUCCGAAGAUAAACCUGGCUAUGACAUCCACCCAGAGGAUCAGUUUGAAUAACCAGUUGCUGAACAACAUGCCGCAGUAUAACUUCAAGCUGGAGAUGUCCUCGAAGGAGAAGAUGCAGGAGCUGAGGGCCGCUCGCAAUUCCCAAUACUUAAAUUCCCAGGAGAGACUAGAAAGACUUAAAUCUGUUCGCAGAAAGAAGAUGGAGGAGAAGAAGGAGAGAAUCAAAGAGUUGAACAGCAACAAUAACCAUGAGAAUUAUACUAGUGGCGGUGUACUUAUUCCUACUCAAGUCAACAGCAGCAGCAGCAUCCUAACGCCGAUACCAUUGAGCAAUCAGAACUACACGUCUAAAGACAAUGACAAGAGUCCAUUCAAUAUCUCCGAUUUCGAGCCCGAUUCCAGUCCAUUUGAUAACAUGGAGCUGAAAACGAUCAACGACAUGGAGGAGCUGAAGCUGGUGCUGCAGAACGAACAGAAGAAUUACACGACUCAUCCUAGUCACGAGUCGAAUCUGUUCAGCUACACUGCCCAUUCCUCAACCAAUUACCAUCCCUCGACAACCGCGACCACCACCACUUGCGAGAACGGUUACUUCUAUAAGCCGCAGCAGCUACUCCAACCGAACAGCUAUCUCAGCAGCAGCUUCGAUGCGCCUACACCGCAGAGCCACGAGAAGGAGUCGUUCCGCAGCGCCCCGGACAUCAUCAGGGCUCUGCAGGAGGACCUAAACAGUACACACAUCAAUCAUCCCGUUGCCGGACAUUCCAAAACUAAUAACCCCACGCCAAAUCCAGAAACGCACCUGGAGAAUCCCUUCGAGACGCUGUCGAAAGAGCUCCAAACCGCUUGCCAGGUCAUCAGCGGCAUGGGUUUUCCUAUAGCCCGCGUUGCAAGAGCUUGUAAAAGUAUAGGACUUGACGAGAAAAAGAUAUUGGAUCAUCAGCUGGCUAUGAGCGAACUAUUAGAUUUGGGUUUUGCCGAAGAGAAGGUCUCAGAGGCGCUCCUCAAGUGCGACAACGACAGGGACAAGGCGCUGGAGCAACUGAUUUUGUAACGAAUCUUCUACCAUACUGGCUGUGCAAUUUAACUCACUGUAUAUCUGUAUUAUAUUCUAUAUACCUAAAGAACUAAUUUAUCGUAUUUAUUUGUAAAUAGUGAAUGGAACAUGAACCUAAUUGAAAAACAAUUUUGGGUGUGAAAUGAUAUUCUUUCAACUGGGUUUUGUCCGUCUGUUUACGUUAUUUUCUUUCUUUUCUUCAUUACUCAUUGUGGAACGAUGUAUGUGCAUGUAUUAGAGAUACAUUAAAAAUGGAAUAUUAUUUUAUAAUAUACAACAAAACUUGAA